AUGGACCCCACCACUAACACUAUUGAGUGUUGCCUAUUGUUGCUACCUCGUCUCAUUAACCAAAAAGCUUCUUCUGCUUUACUUCUCCCACUAAGUCACUGUGGAAGCCCAUCUUCUUCUUUACUUCUCCCACUGAAAGAUUCACUGUGUUCUGCAUCUCGCCUCUCGCCUCCCACAUCGACGCAUGCCAACAACAAAGCAAGUGAUGACCGUGCAUGUAAGUUCUUCAAAUGGUUGGACACCAACACUUGCACGUGUGGCGCAGCCACAACACCGAUUGUGUUAGCAAAAUUCCGACGAUUGGAGCACGAGGUGGAACUUGCUAAUGAAGAGUUGAAGCAAGCACGUGCCAUGGGAGAAGCUACAAAACGAAGGGCUGAAAGAGCUAAGGUUGUGCGCAGGAUUUCCGAAGAGAAAGCAGAGAAGUUCAAGAUAGCUCUAGUAAUAUCAUGGGUGAUGUUUGGAGUACUGCUUAUUUUGUCUACUAGGUUUGGGGAUGUUAGAAGCAGGCAAAUGUAUUUGCCUGGAUGAGUUGUUUAUGUGCGUAAUAAGCUAGACUUGUAUUUUGAAAAUUGGAGAUCAUUUGUAUUAUAAUGGUACAACGUCAUUUUUUUUUUUUAUUGUAAGUAUAAAAAUUUAUGGUAUGUAUGACAUUGUACUUCUAUAAUAUGUUGAGAGUGUUCAACUUUAUUC